AUGUUGAACCACGAUCAGCAGCAGCAGCAGCAGCGGCAGUAUGCAACGGGUCCGCGGCAGAACAGUGGACAACCGCAAGCCGGCACGAACGGCGGUAGCCAUUCGUCGGCAGAGAACUCGCCCGACCAUAGCCAUACCGCCACCAGCUUCUUCAUGUUCGACGAGCUCAGCUCGGCACUGCACGAUGAGCGUAACAAUGGCAACAGCAACCACCACCAUCAUCUCCAGCAGCAGCAGCACCGGGUGCAGCAAUCGCCCGCGAACGGAAGCAGCCCCAAGUCGGCGGUCAGCUCCAACAACUCCGGCAGCACCAACAGUUUGCUCAGCAAUGGCGACAGUCUAAUGGCACGAAUCAAUCAGCUCAAUCAGCAACAUCAGCAGCAGCAGUACAGUGCUAGUGGUACCGGAUCACCGUCGCAUGGUGCAACGAUCGACGGUAGCACAAUAGGAGUGGUCGCAACCAUGCGCACUUCGCCCACGAAUGGUUGUGGCAGUGCGGCGGUCAGUGCCCUUGCACAACAGCACCAGCAGCAAAUGCUCGCGUCCGCAUUGGUACGGAGCGGUGGUGCCUCAUCCUUUGCGCAACACUCACCGAUCGAUGGUACGGAUGGCACAACAUUCCCAGCUGCCGCAGCGGUCACCAGCAUCCAGCAACAGUAUGGUGGUGGUGGUGGUGUUGGAGUUGGUGGUGGUAGUGCCCAGUUCCACAACAGCAACUUUGGUCAAACUGGCCACCAGCAACAGCAACAGCACAAAGUGACCUUUUAUCAGAGUCAACAACAGCAACAGCAGUAUCAUCUUCAGCAUCACCAGAACACACAGCAGAGGCCGGGUUUCGGUAAGUCUCCCGAUGCGCACAUUGAUCCCAGCAGGACGGUCACACAACUGAACCACGCAAUGGAACUGUUCGAAGCCGCGGGAACCACCAACGCCACCACAACCACAGCCAUCAAUGGCGGCGGGGACAACUAUCAUUUCAAAACGCUGGUACCGUCGGUCGCGGCCGGUGCCAUCAUCGGCAAGGGUGGCGAAACGAUUGCCUCGCUACAGAAGGACGCCGGUGCCCGGGUGAAGAUGUCCAAAUCACACGACUUCUAUCCCGGAACCACCGAGCGUAUCUGUCUCAUUAGCGGCACGGUCGAGGGCAUCCUGACCGUGCUCGACUUUAUCACUGACAAGAUCCGCGAGAAACCCGACAUUACCAAAGCACUGACCGAGGCGGACGCGAAGCAGGCCCAGGAGCGCGACAAGCAGGUCAAGAUCCUGGUGCCGAACACGACCGCGGGCAUGAUCAUCGGUAAGGCCGGUGCGUACAUCAAACAGAUCAAGGAGGAGUCCGGCUCCUACGUGCAGAUCUCGCAGAAGCCGAAAGAGCUGACGCUGCAGGAGCGUUGCAUCACGAUCAUCGGCGAGAAGGAGAACAACCGGAUUGCAUGCAAGAUGAUCCUGGCCAAGAUCGUCGAAGAUCCCUCAUCCGGCACCUGCUUGAACGUAUCAUACGCAGACAUCAACGGACCGGUGGCCAACUUCAACCCCACUGGUUCGCCAUUCGCCGCCUCACAGAAUCCCAAUUUCAGCUCCAGCACCGCCUCACUCAACUCCGCCAUCAGCGGGCCGCUGCCGAGUGCGACGGCCACCGGUUUGCUGGUCAACGGCACCGGACUCAAUCUGUCAUUAAACCUAGGUGCACCAUCACCACAGACUAAUCCUACAGCUAUCACACAAUUGCUUGAUCAUAUUAAGACUGCCAUGCGACAGUCCGGCUACUCGGACACGGCCACGGCUGAGGUGCAUGCCGCCCUCACCGUGCUGGCUAAGUAUGGCGUCCUCGGCAUCGGUGUCGGUCUCCAGAAUGGUACACACUCGACCACGCUCGGCUACCUGGGCAUGCCGGAAAUGCAACAGUCGACGGCGGCCGCAGCGGCAGCAGCAUCGGCGGCCACCGGCGUGUACGGUGCCGUCGGCCAGCUCAACCUCGAUUCGUUCCUUCACGGGGCGGGCACGGCGACGCCCCGCACCACCACCAUCGAUCGCUACGAUCCGACCACGUUCGAUCCGUUCCGGCAUCCGGGCACACAGGCGGCCACACCGAUCUCGAUCAACAACAACGCGUUCGGUUUGGGCAACCCGAGCGCCCUGAACGCGGCCGCACAGACGCUCGGUUCGCUCAGCAAGAGCCCGACACCGGCCGAGAUGACCACGAGCAAGGAGAAGAACGUCGAAAUCCCGGAGGUGAUCGUGGGUGCCAUUCUCGGACCGGCCGGGCGCAGUUUGGUCGAAAUCCAGCACAUAUCCGGCGCGAACAUUCAGAUCUCGAAGAAGGGCAUCUUUGCGCCGGGCACGCGCAACCGGAUCGUCACCAUCACCGGCCAACCGAACGCGAUCAACGUGGCGCAGUAUCUAAUAGAGGAGCGCAUCAGCCAGGAGGAGACGAAGCGGGCGUGCCAGACCGCGGCCAAUGCGGCGGCCACCAACAAAACAUCCGCCGCGUCCGUCGCCACCGUGACGCAAUAGGGGUGCCGAACGGCAACAGGAGCAGCAGCAACUGCAGCCGCCGCCGCCGCCGCUUCUAGCCUAGCAGCUUUCGCUAGUCCGCCCAAAAGUCGCCUACAGUCAGCGAUCGACGAAUUCAAGGCCAACAUUCAUCUGUACGUAGCGCAUCCUUCAAUCUGAAACGGAGCAUAGUUGUGUGCUAGACAGCAGCAACAACAAAAAAGUAGGCAAAAGACGAGUGUUAGCUAGGGGUCAUAGUGAUAGUGGUGUGCAAAACGGAAAGCAAGACAUACUAGUAGAUACUGUUUACGUUCAGUUACGGGCCCCAACAUCACAAAGGAGGCGUUAUAGGCGUAACGUGGGCUUUACGAGUUAGCGUAAAGUGAUUAGCAUUAAUCAUACGUUCGAGUGUUGGUGGAUUUGUCGGUGAGUUUUCCACGGAUUUGCUCGCAGAAGACGGUCGCAAAGGGACCCGUUUUGUUGUGGGAUAAUGUGUUUUUUUUAAAGGAGUUUGUUUAUUGUUACACGUCCAUCGUUUCAUCGUACUUUGUUGUUAAUUUUAAUUCGCGCAUAAUAGUGGGCCCAACGUUCUGGGCAGACGGGCCCAAUUCGUUCAUUUCUGUAGGCAUAAAUUGUUCCAAAACACUGUUGACAGCUAAGUUGGUAACGUGAAACGAUUAAAUCACAACCCAGACGUGGAUGCAUUAGCGGGAAGAGAAACGGAACAAACGCAGAGCAGAAUGCAAAAAUUGAUCAAUGAAAUGAUUUCGCAUUGUGAUAGCGGAAAUGUAAUGAAGGGAAGGUUUACAGAUCGUUUAGGUUAUAAUCAAAUGGGGUGGUUCACAAAAACACAAACACACACACACACAUUCGCAUACACGUACACAAACUAUUGCAAAUUACAUCUGUAGGAGAGCAAACCAAAUGGCGGAUGCUCUGCUGCAUAAUUGUUAUUUUUACUAGAUAAAUUGAGUCCGUGAUUGUUCGUCGAGCGAUAUAAUCAUACACGAGCAACACAAAUAGGAGAGAAUCACACAUAAUUCACGUGUGCAACCAUUUACCAGAAACACAUACACCCACACAACAUACAAACAUGUAUAGAAAAUUUUAACGAAAAAACAUAAAGCAUGAGCUAGAGAAAGUGGUAUCGAAAGAAUCUAAAAUAGUAAACAAAAAAGUUAAACUAAAGAAACAAAGUUAUAAAACAAGUACGUUACUGUUUCAUAAAUAACAUCACACCCACACACGUUUAAGAGAGAGCGACAAAAAAAACAUAAACAUAAAAGCAUAAAGCAUGUUGGUAGGAUAAAUGUUUCAUUUGUUCGGAGAAGAGCCCCCGGUAGAGCGUAAGAGCUAGAACGAAAAACAACCAUUAAAUGCAACAGUCAAACAUGUUACCCCUUGUUCGCUUACAUUUGUUUGCGUAGCGGAUGCAUGCAACAAUGUUGCACGUGCGAAGUAGGAAUUCGAAAAAAAGCAAACCUUUUUUUUCCAUUCGAUGCAUCACAGCUUGGUUGUGCGGGUUUAUGUUCGAAGGGGUUUUCUCUUUUCCUUGGCAGCCCAUUAGCAAUUUGCAAAUGCUGCCCAUGAUGCCAGUCGGUCAUACACAUAUGCCGUUAAUCAAUACCAAAAAGAAUCAUCGUUGCUAGAUCAACACAACCCACUAAACAUCGACAUCAACCGCAUCAUACAAUGCUUCCAGUUAGUUUGUUUUGUUUUUUUUUUGUUUUUAACAAUGUUUUUUUUUGUUUGUUCGUUUUUCCUAUUUUAUGUUAUUUGGCGGAACAAAGCGAGUGCAUACAUUCGAUUGUUAGACAACACAGGCCAUAGUCACCACUAAUCGAAAUCAUCAACACUAGCCACUAAUACCUGACAAGCAGGCAGUUUUUAAUCGUAGGUUAAUUGGUGUACUUUUUUUUCGUUCUCGUAUCUCGUUCUAACAAAACGAUAGAACGCUCCAAAGGAACGUGUCGGGAAAUGUGGAAUAUUAGGUGGGAAAAUGCAAAGAGCGAGCAGCAAUGCUACAGCCUCGAAGAGGAGAAGUUUCCGUUGCGAGGUAUCCGAACAUGCGGAAUGGAAUGGCACACGAUAACAGUCGGAACAUUAUUCUAGUGGUUUUAGUUUUAACAAGUAAAAAGUAGCGCUUUCUUUCUUACCUUUCCCUUUAUCUUACUGUGUUACGCAUGAAACUCUGUUGAAGCGGAUAAAACGGAGCGUGGUUAUACAGACAGACCGGGGUAUAUUCGUAGGCUAAAUAGGUAAUAAGCGAUAGGGCACCGGUCUCUGCAGAAACAAACGAUUGUUGUGGGUGAUAUAUGAAGGUACGGCUUUAACAAUCGUGUAUACACGAAAGCACGGAAGCCCUUUUCUAGCAUGGAUAGCUCCUGUUUUCAUCUAUAGCGUUUAUUUGCUUCAACCAAGUUUUGCUCGUAUUCCGGGGAAUUCCCCGUGCACAGUAACCAACGGGCCAGGCCUAAGAAUUCAUUUCUUCCAAACAACCGUACGUUUCGUUAUGCUUGCUUAAUGUUACCUUGUUUAGUUUAUUUAGCUAAGAAAAUGGGGAUAAAUCGAUAAGAGAAUGUGGCACACGUUUUAAAUAUCACCUGAAUGUAUGUUCUUCCAUUCUAAGACGUCCGGUGUGCAAUAUUUAUCAGCUUUCGAACUGCAAAUUAAUACCAAUUGCGUUGCUGCACGCAGUAUGGCAGAUGUUUUUUGUUUGUUUCUUUAUUUACACUUUACAACGUGUACUUCACGCAUACAGAUGAAUCUUUUAUGGAUGUUUUAUUUUCAUUUUGUUCUUCCCUUUAUUUCCGUGCAAACCAUUGCGCAAAGAUGUUUUUUUAGUACGUUCGUUCCAUUCUCGGGAGAUAUGGAACUCACCUCUUUAUUGUUGAAUAAGCUUAAUAAGUGCACUAAAAAUAAGCCGUUUUGUGGUAGAAAAUGAGGGAAGUGAGAAGAAGGAUACGAGAGAAACCACUCUUAGCAAAAAGAAGAGAAAAACACAACCAAAAAAGACGACAUACAACAAAUCCCCGAGAUCAUCCGUGUGGACAUACCGGCGAGUAUGCGAAAUGGAAGAUGAACCCACACAGAACGGAACUUGCAGGAAGAAAGGUAAAUGUGAAUGUUGAUGUUUGAUAAUAGAAGAAAAAUAUGAAAAGGCAAAGGAUGCGACAGAGAAAGAGACACGGAGAAAGAAAGAAAGGAUCAGUAUAGGGGACUGUAGGAACACUUGAGCAGUAAACACAAACAAAAGACACGUCGAAUUUUAUGUGCCAGGCCAUUUCAACCUCGAUAAGACUGUGUUGGGGCCACCUUCCACUAAAGGAGUGCCGUCUCCAGCGACAACAAGAAGCCGAGCUUCAUAUCCUUUGUUGCUUUGUCCUUGUCUGCUACUUUCUUUCUCUAUUGCAUCUUUCGCCCUCAUUUACCCUUCUUCCUGCCAAAGCUGUGGUAUGUGGGUGUGCGCGUAACUUUUCCCGUUUUCCUUUAUCGCUGUUUCUGUUUUGCACUAUUUAAAUUUGCAAAUGUACUUCCAACUUUCCUUUUCUUUGCAAUCGCCCGAUCGGUGAGACAUUCUGGUCGUGCAAGUUGCAAAACCGAUCCACCCCGUAACGGGAUCGAUGGAAGGUGGUGACUGUGCAGUAUGGGGGGGAGGGGGAUGGUAAAGUCCGCAACGGAAACGGGUACCGGAGUGGUUUUUGGUGAAGGAGGGCGAAGGCGAUACGGUGGGGUUUUGGUGGUGACUUUAUAUAAGCGAAUAAUUUUACGGUACAUUUAUCCAUUAAAAGUGUUAAAAUACACUCUCACGUGCGUACAUGUCAGAUGUUAAAGUGUUGUAAUUAUUAAAAACAUAUAUUUCUUCAUUCAGUUACCAUGAAAACCGUACGCCACGGCAGGUACGGUCCCCGAAACAGGAGGGGACAUUAAACAGUCACAGUAUGGAUGCGUAUGAGAGGCAAGGAAGUACGUAGGAUGUUCCGGUAGCGUGUAAUAGUUUGUAGCGCGUUUUGACGGGUUUCUUUUAUUUUCCUUUGUGAUUGCACCGAAAACAUCGAGAUCGAAAUAUGGUGGGCAUACGUUCAACAUCACAUCACGUAGUCAAUCAGUCGUCCGUCAUGCCAUGGGCAGUACGUAGAGCGGGAAUCUGUUAAAAGGUCUUAAAGCAAACCAACCCAACCUUUCAUUAUCACCAACACCAUGUAGCACGUUCACAAUGAUAGCACGUACACUCACACAGAAUACACACACCCACAUAGACAUAUAUUGCAUGCAUACACUCGUACCAUCUACUACUACUCUACUGUGUUAUGUUUUAUUCAAAGUUUAUCUAUAUUUAUAGGGAAAAUGUAAAGCCGAAAGAAGUGGACGCGCCUAGAUACAAAAAUACACACAAACAAACAAAGAAAUAAACAACAAAAGAACAGUUAAAAUGAAUGAGGAAAUAAAACCACAAGCGGAAAGCAACGCAAACCGUGUUGUGGUGCAGUAAAGGAAGAGCUGAGAGUGUAGUAGAAAAUUAACAAAUUGAAUAACCACAGAGAAAACGUGACUGUGGAUGUUACCGUAACAGGACUGGAAGUGCGUGCACGAGUGUAUGUAAAAUCAAACGGCAAACAACAAAUGAGAGAAGAAGAAAAAGGAGAAGAAGAAAACAGUAAGCAAGACAAGUGUUGUGUAGGAUAGGUGAAACGAAUCACAAUAUUAAAAUGCGGGAUAAAACCGAUGCAAGAAGGUUUUAAGAAUGAAAAUAAGAGAAAAUACAUGGAACAUUACAAGAGACAAAAAUGAACAUGGUGCAAAU